AUGUUUCAGUUUUUAAAGCAAGGUUUGCCCACGUUAAACACCGAAGAAGAUUCUGACGAAGGUGUGCGCGACUUGGUGGAAAUUACGUUUAAACGUCUGGACUUUGACCAUGAUGGACGGGUAUCCUUGAAUGAUUUUCUGCAAGCUGUUGAUGCGGACCCACUUCUACUUGGCAUUCUUGGACCUUGCUUUCCAGAUGAAAAAGUGAGUUAA